AUGGACGGACGCGGACUAGACGCGGACCAGACGCGGACCAGACGCGAACCAGACGCGGACCAGACGCGGACCAGACGCGGACCAGACGCGGACCAGACGCGGACCAGACGCGGACCAGACGCGGACCAGACGCGGACCAGACGCGGACCAGACGCGGACCAGACGCGGACUAGACAGACCCAGAUGAAGACCUUUCUCGUUGCAAAUGACCAGAGUUUGGUUGCUUUGGAGGAGCAUGAAUUAGGCCAAUAUUUGACAGUGGAGGAGUUCAAACAGGACCCCAACCCUUCUAAAUGCCUCCACUCUGUCUUCAAUGUGGACACCGGAGAUGAGGUCUACACCUAUGACGACUACUACCACCUACAGAUUGAUGCCGUGUCCCUGUUCCUGCUCUACCUGGUGGAGAUGAUAUGCUCGGGCCUGCAGAUCAUUUACAACACUGAUGAGGUAUCUUUUAUUCAAAACUUGGUCUUUUGCGUGGAGAGGGCCUACCGCGUCCCAGACUUCGGGAUGUGGGAGCGAGGAAGCAAGUACAACAAUGGCAGCACUGAGCUUCAUUCCAGCUCUGUGGGGCUGGCUAAAGCUGCUCUGGAGGCCAUCAAUGGAUUCAACUUGUUUGGCAACCAGGGCUGCUCAUGGUCCGUGAUAUUUGUGGAUCUGGAUGCCCACAACAGGAACAGACAAACGCUGUGUUCGCUGCUGCCUCGGGAGUCUCGCUCUCAUAACACAGACGCUGCUUUGCUUCCAACGAUCAGUUAUCCUGCUUUUGCCGUAGACGAUGACGCCCUUUACAGCCAAACUCUCGACAAGAUAGUUCGAAAGCUGCGGGGCAAGUACGGUUUUAAGAGAUUCCUCCGAGACGGUUACCGCACGGCAAACGAGGACAAGGACCGGCGCUUCUACAAACCUGCGGAGAUGAAGCUUUUUGAUGGAAUCGAAUGCGAGUUUCCCAUAUUUUACAUCUACAUGAUGAUCGACGGUGUCUUCAGGGGGAACAAAGCCCAAGUCAAAGAAUACCAGGACCUUCUUGAACCUGUCAUCGUCCACCUGCACGAGGGCCAUGCUAUCAUUCCCAAGUACUACUAUGUCCCCGCAGACUUUGUGGAGGCAGAGCAAAGCAAACAUGGAAGCCAGAAGCGUUUCCCUAGCAACUGUGGACGAGAUGGAAAGGUCUUCCUCUGGGGUCAAGCACUUUAUAACAUUGCCAAACUACUGGUGGAUGAGCUAAUUAGUCCCAAAGACAUCGACCCUAUUCACCGUUAUGUGCCGCGGCAGGACCAGCGCAACGUCAGCAUGAGAUAUUCCAAUCAGGGUCCUAUUGAAAACGACGUGGUGAUUCAUGUGGCCCUGAUUGCGGAGAGUCAGAGGCUGCAGGUUUUCCUGAACACGUACGGCAUCCAGACCCAGACCCCACAACAGGUGGAGCCCAUUCAAAUCUGGCCCCAGAAAGAACUGGUCAAGGCAUACCGCUUCCUGGCCGUCAAUAACAAGCUGGGCCUGAGUGGGCGUCCUGAACGGCCAGUGGGCUGCAUCGGCACCUGCAAGAUUUAUCGCAUCCUGGGCAAGACGGUGGUGUGCUACCCGAUAGUUUUUGAUCUGAGUGACUUCUACUUGUCCCAGGAUGUUAUGCUGCUUAUUGAUGACAUCACGAACGCCUUACAGUUCAUCAAACAGUGCUGGAAGAUGCAGGGACGUCCUCUCUUCCUGGUCCUCAUUCGUGAAGAUAACAUCAAGGGAAGCCGCUUUAACCCGGUCCUGGACAUGCUGGCGUCUUUCAAGAAAGGAAACAUCGGUGGCGUCAAAGUUCACGUUGACAGACUACAGACCCUGAUAUCUGGUGCAGUCGUGGAGCAGUUGGAUUUCCUGCGUGUGAAUGAAGCAGAAAUACCAGAGUUUAAGAGCUUUGAGGAGUUGGAGCUGCCCAAACACUCAAAGGUGAAGAGGCAGAUGAGCACCCCUAACGUGUCAGACCUGGAGCAGCAGCCUGAGAUCAGCAUGGACGAAUGGAUGCACAAACCCACUCAUGAGAUCCUGCAGAAGUUCCACGAUUGUGACUGUUUAGCCAGUCAGGCCCAACUUGCAGGAUUACUUUUGACAAGAGAAGGCCCAGGAUUCCUUGCCAAAGACGUGGGGCUGAUGGAUGAGCUGGAGAGGAUCUACAGGAGAGCAGGCAGCAGAAAGCUUUGGUCUGUUGUCCGUCUUGCUGCCAGCCUCUUAACUAAGCUAGUGGACAGCCUUGCCCCCAGUAUUACUAGUGUAUUAGUGCAUGGCAAGCAGGUGACCCUGGGACUGUUCGGGCAUGAAGAGGAGGUGAUUUCUAACCCGUUGUCACCAGGAGUGAUCCAGGGCAUCAUCUACAGCAAAUGCUCGCCUCACGGGGCCCAGAGAGAGGCCGUUCUGCAGCAAGAACUGGUCAUACACAUCGGAUGGAUCCUUUCCAACAACCCAGAGCUUUUCAGUGGCAUGCUCAAGAUCAGAGUGGGGUGGAUCGUACAGGCCAUGAAACACGAGCUGAAGAUCCGAGCUGGAGACCUGCCUCCUCAGGACAUUUACCAACUGUCUCCGAGUGACGUCAAGCAGCUGCUGCUGGACGUGCUGCAGCCACAGCACAUGGGCAGGUCGUGGCUGAACAGACGGCAGAUAGAUGGCUCUUUGAACAGAGUGCCCCUGGGCUUUUAUGACCGAGUGUGGCAGAUCCUGGAGAGGACCCCCAAAGGGAUCCUUGUGGCCGGGAUCCACCUCCCGCAGGUGACGUCACCUCGACUCAAACGAGCUGAUCCAGAGUCUGCUCCUCUGCCUGUGAGCCGCCUCCCCCCGCCCUCACCCGCCUCCCCCCGCCCUCGCCCGCCUCCCCCCGCCCUCACCCGCCUCCCCCCGCCCUCACCCGCCUCCCCCCCCUCGCCCGCCUCCCCCCGCCCUCACCCGCCUCCCCCCGCCCUCACCCGCCUCCCCCCGCCCUCGCCCGCCUCCCCCGCCCUCACCCGCCUCCCCCCGCCCUCGCCCGCCUCCCCCCGCCCUCGCCCGCCUCCCCCCGCCCUCACCCGCCUCCCCCCCCCCUCGCCCUCGCCCGCCCUCACCCGCCUCCCCCCGCCCUCCCCCCGCCCUCCCCCCGCCCUCACCCGCCUCCCCCCGCCCUCGCCCGCCCUCACCCGCCUCCCCCCGCCCUCCCCCCGCCCUCCCCCCCGCCCUCACCCGCCUCCCCCCGCCCUCCCCCGCCCUCCCCCCGCCCUCCCCCCGCCCUCACCCGCCUCCCCCCGCCCUCACCCGCCUCCCCCCGCCCUCCCCCCGCCCUCCCCCCGCCCUCCCCCCGCCCUCACCCGCCUCCCCCGCCCUCACCCGCCUCCCCCCGCCCUCCCCCCGCCCUCACCCGCCCUCACCCGCCUCCCCCCGCCCUCCCCCCGCCUCACCCGCCUCCCCCCGCCCUCCCCCGCCCUCACCCGCCUCCCCCCGCCCCCCUCUUAG